CCUCCCGAGUCCCCGCCGCCCGCCGCCAGUGCCGCCCCCAGCCCCGCCAUGCCCGCCGACCUCAGCGGCACCUGGAACCUGCUCAGCAGCGACAACUUCGAGGGCUACAUGCUGGCUCUAGAUAUUGACUUUGCCACACGUAAGAUAGCCAAGCUGCUGAAGCCACAGAAAGUGAUUGAGCAGAAUGGGAAUUCUUUUACCAUCCACACGACCAGCAGCUUCAGGAACUACCUUGUGACAUUUAAAGUUGGAGAAGAAUUUGAUGAGGACAAUAAAGGCCUGGAUAACAGGAAAUGCAAGAGCUUGGUCACCUGGGACAAUGAGCGACUCACCUGUGUGCAGAAGGGGGAAAAGAAGAACAGAGGCUGGAGCCAUUGGAUUGAAGGGGACCAACUCCACCUGGAAAUGUUCUGUGAAGGCCAAGUGUGCAAACAGACGUUCCAGAGAGCUUGAUCUGUAUCCAACCGGAGUCCACGUGUGACAGCAGCUUAAUGCUGAGUUAUAUUCCAGAAUGAAUAGAAAUUGAUCUGUCCUGGUUUGGAGGUGGUGCCUCGUGGUCAGAGAGAUGUCACACAGCCUGUACCAGGAGCCAUUUGGAUUGUGGGAAAACUCAGCUUCAAUAAACCUGUCCAAUGAUUCUGACUUUUUCCUUCUAAA